AUGGUGCCGUUUGGUGCUGCAGCUUCUAAUCCACGGGACGCGGAAACUACGCCACAGUGGGACAUCUUCAAGCUGCAGCGUAAGAUCCUGCUCAUCUUUGGAGUCUGGCCAGCGGAUCGGUUGGUGCGCCCGUGGUAUGUGAAGAUGCUGAUUGCCAUCAAUCUGGCAACGCUUGCCAUCUGCAUGGUGGGUGAGUUUCUGCACGGGCUGUACGCUUACCAGGAGGGCGACCUGAGCGAAUCGAUCGAAAGCAUCUGCCCAACGGUGGCGCGAAUAUCGGGCUUGCUACGGAUGGUGUUUUAUCUUGCUAAUGAGGAGAAAAUCCACCGCGUGCUGAACAACAUCAGCAAGACGCUGCAAGAGGAGCAUCCGCGGGAGCACACCAUCACCAAACAGCUGACAACGCUGGGGCAACAGUUUACCUUCUACCUAUUCCUGAUGAUGUUUUUUGCCGCCUGUCUCUACGGAGUUACACCCUUUUUUAUCAUGAUCUACAAUUGGGUCCAGGGACAGAGGCCGCUCGUCAAGCUUCUGCCAUUCAAGUUGGCCUUGCCCUUUGACUCCCAGCACCUUUUUCACUUUGUCGUAACUACAUUAUUCCUAAACUACGCUUCUGCACCCACCAUAACCUCGCAGUCGGGCAGCGAUGCACUCUUCAGUGGAGUUUGCCUCUACAUUUACGGUCAGUUUCAAGCGAUCCGGCUGGAGGUGGAAGCACUCGCCGAAACGGUAGACAGGAACACGCUGAAAAGCUCCGCUGCUGAAACGCAUCGCAUCAAUCUCGAGCUGAGACGCAUCAGUAAGCGCCAUCAGGCAAUCAUUGACCUUGUGUCGGAGGUGCGGUCCGCCUUUACGCCGAAUGUGCUGCUCGUCUACACGGCCACCGCGAUCAUCAUGUGCAUCGUGUGCAUCGCCAUGCUUGUGGUGGAAGGAAUCUACAAGCUCACCUACCUGCCGUACGCGUUUGCCGAGCUGACGUUACUGUUUCUCUACUCGUACAGCGGCACAAUCAUCCGCGAUUCGAGUGAAGCCGUGCAGACGGUGGCGUACGAUUUCCCGUGGUACCGGUACGACCGCAACACUCGCCAUCUUAUACAAUUGAUGAUGAUUAGGGCGCAGUACGGAUCGAACGUUGAUGUGCCUUUCUUCGAAACCUCGAUGGCAAGCUUUUCGGCGAUCGUUCGUACAGCUUCAUCGUACAUCACACUGAUGAAGUCCUUUUUGUAACUUCGCUUGGCAACGUUUGUGGUUUGAUGUUUCAUCAUUACUGCAUUCACCGUAUCGUAUUCGUCGCUUAGGAAGAAUUGAAAAAUCUAUGCCAUAAGUAGGUUACCGGUAGUGGCACACCUUGGCAUUGAUGCUAUCAGCCUGCUACCAACACUUUCAGCGUAUCGAGGUGUACGUUGGUGCACAUUUUACGACUUCACAAUGACGUGCUGCAGCACAGAAUGCACAUGCGACCUUUAGUGAAACGCCACACACACACAUACACACUGGAGACGACAGCGUGCACCCGCUGCUCGCGUGGCACAGUGGAAAGUUAAUUAUGCCUUUCUUAAUGAGUCUAAUAAAAGAUGUUAAUUGCUAGAAACUGAA